UGGAAGAGAGAUGCUUCGCUAAACUUGAAGAGUUACAUUGCUCAGUCGAAAUAACAUGGAGAGGGUUCUCUGGGCGGCGCUUUGCAGCUGUGGCAAAGUCGAGUGCUCGAGGAAAUAGUAGAAGAAAGAGUACAAAAAAAAACAAUGAGAGUAGGCAGAGAGUUUUAGUGAAUGGGACGAGGAAUGAGAGUGAUUAGUUUGUUUUUUAAGUCUAGUAUAUGAUAUACGACUAACUCCGUGUGCGGCGCAGUGGGGACUGGUAGCGGUGCUCAGCAGACGCCAUGGCUGCUCAGUGCGCAUCUUUGAGCGGGUACUUGCAACAAUCGGACCCGGGCUCGAACAGCGAGCGCAGCACAGACUCUCCCGUCCCCGUCUCUGAGGAUGAUUCAAGCGGGCCCCAUGUCACAUCGGACCCAGAAUGGACCGAGGAGAGGUUUCGCGUGGAUCGCAAGAAACUGGAAGUCAUGUUACUAGCUGCCACAGAGGGGAAGGUCAACGGUGGAGAAGAUUUCUUUCAGAAGGUUAUGGAGGAAACUAAAACCCAGAUUGCAUGGCCUUCUAAGCUGAAGAUAGGUGCCAAGUCUAAGAAAGAUCCUCAUAUCAAAGUCUCUGGAAAGAAGGACAAUGUGAAGGAAGCAAAGGAAAAGAUAAUGUCCGUUCUUGACACAAAAAGUAACCGGGUCACGCUGAAAAUGGAUGUGUCGCAUACAGAACAUUCUCAUGUGAUCGGCAAAGGGGGCAACAACAUCAAAAAAGUGAUGGAGGAAACUGGGUGCCAUAUACAUUUCCCAGACUCCAACAGGAAUAACCAGGCAGAGAAAAGCAACCAAGUAUCAAUUGCAGGACAGCCCGUUGGUGUGGAGGCAGCCAGAGCCAAAAUCAGGGAGCUUCUUCCCUUGGUAUUGAUGUUUGAACUGCCUGCGAUUAUCCAGCCCAACCCGGACCCCAACUCCCCAGCAGUCCAGCACAUAUCCCAGACCUAUAACAUUUCAGUGUCCUUCAAGCAGCGUUCGAGAAUGUAUGGUGCUACUGGCAUUGUCAGGGGGUCCCAGAACAACACCACGGCUGUCAAGAGAGGGACUGCUUUGCUGUUGGAUCACCUGGCUGGCAGCUUGGCCAAUGCCAUCUCUGUGAGCACCCAGCUCGAUAUAGCAGCGCAACAUCACCUCUUCAUGAUGGGCCGCAAUGGCAGCAAUAUCAAACACAUCAUGCAGAGAACAGGGGCCCAGAUCCACUUCCCCGACCCCAACAACCCACAGAAGAAAUCCACCGUCUACCUCCAGGGCACCAUUGACUCAGUCUGCUUGGCCAGGCAGUAUCUCAUGGGUUGCCUUCCUCUUGUGUUGAUGUUUGAUAUUAAAGAAGACAUUGAAGUGGAACCACCCUGUAUUACUCAGCUGAUGGAGCAGUUAGAUGUCUUUAUCAGCAUCAAACCAAAGCCUAAGCAGCCAAGCAAGUCUGUGAUUGUAAAGAGUGUGGAAAGGAAUGCCUUAAACAUGUAUGAAGCGAGGAAGUGCCUCCUGGGUCUAGAAUGCAGUGGGGUAACGAUACAAACAAGCAGCUCCUCCACUGUCAUCUGCCCUGUGGGCCUGGAUAUCCUGGCUUCAGCUGGACUUGGUCUCACCAGCCUAGGCCUCUUGUGCCCCACAUCAUCAUCGUUAAACAGCUCUACUGCUGCCAACUCGCUCCUGAAUGCCCUCAACAGUUCAGUCAGUCCCCUGCAGAACUCCAGCUCAGGCACGCCCAGCUCAGCGCUUUGGGCAGCCUCGCUUGCUAGCCCGACAGGCGCCUCAGGCUUCUCUUCACCUCUCAUGAUGCACCCAGCAACACAGGCCACCUUGACCAGUAUUUUCCUUUCAGGAGUCCAGGGUUACACACAGAACACCCCCUCUCCUCCCCCCGGACUGGCCCCAAUUGACAGCCAGGUCAACGGUUUACCAGAAACCAGCAAGAAUCUGUCAUCUCUCAAUGGACAUGUGAAGCAUUCCAGUUCGGUAUACAGAAGGUUGUCCGGGCCUUGUCUAGCUGAUAAAGUCCUUGGCGGGAACAACACAGACUCUUCAAAUGAGAGCAGUGGCCACAGUCCCACAGAGCAACUAACUAGCAAAUCCAGCCCUGAUGAAGAUUUGGGGAGACCAGGAAAUGGCAGUUAUUCUUGGUCAUAUUCAAAAAGUUCGAAUGAUGCCUUUGUAGAAGUAGGCAUGCCAAGAAGUCCAUCGCACUCCGCAAACAGUAAUGAGCUGAAACAGAUGCUGGGUUCUUCAAAAUCAUCGGCUGGCAAGAGGCAAGCAGUGGAGCUUCUACAAGGCACCAAGAAUUCACACCUGCACACAUCGGACCACUUGCUUUCAGAUUCAGAUUCCAGUGCUUCGGAAAGCCCACUGGCUGAUAAGAAGGCUCCAGGGAGCGAGAGAGCUGCAGAGAGGGCAGCCCAGCAGAAUUCGGAGAGAAUUCGCCUGGCGCCGCCCUCUUUUGCCAACAUGCAGGUACUCACUGCAUUUGACUACGAACAGAAGAAGCUGUUAGCUACCAAAGCAAUGCUGAAGAAGCCUGUGGUAACAGAAGUGCGAACGCCCACAAACACCUGGAGUGGGUUGGGAUUCUCCAAGUCAAUGCCGGCAGAAACCAUCAAGGAACUCAGAAGAGCUAAUCAUGUACCUUACAAACCCACCAUGUCAACCACUUAUGAGGGUGCUCCCCUGUCCCUGUCACGUUCAGACAGCCGGGAGGGUUUGGGAAGCGGCAGUGAUUCUGAUAAUUGGAGGGAGAGGAACCGAAAUGGCACCUUGGCUCACUCUGAAUUCCCAUCAGCCAUUGGCAGCCCUAAAAGAAAACAAAACAAAUCAAUGGAACACUAUCUAAGCUGCAGUAACUACAUGGACUGCAUCUCCUCAAUGACAGGCAGCAACGGCUGCAACCUGAACGGUUCUUUCAAGGGAUUGGAUCUGCCUGAGCUCUUCAGCAAGCUGGGGCUGGGGAAAUACACAGACGUAUUUCAACAGCAAGAGAUUGAUCUCCAGACAUUUCUAACGCUUACAGAUCAAGAUUUGAAGGAACUUGGCAUUACUACAUUUGGUGCUAGAAGGAAAAUGCUGCUUGCAAUCUCAGAACUGAACAAAAACAGAAUAAAACUUUUCGAGCCUCCAAGCAUCCGCUCCUCGUUCCUGGACGGCGGUGCCAGCGGGCGGCUGCCUCGUCAGUUUCCCUCAGACAUUGCCAGCGUUAGCGGCAGAUGGUAGUGGACUUUGUUUUUCCUAUCGAGUAGGACCAAUCUUGCAAAACUGUUAUCGACUCAAGUGCAGCUUAAUCCUAUGGACAGCUUUCACUGCACAGAUCCAUCUGCACUUUUGACAUCGUGGACCAAAGCCUACCUACCGUACAAGUGCUUUUGCCAAAAAAAAAAGAAGAAGAAGAAGAAGAAGAAGAAAAAAGCACCGGCUAAUCAUUUUAUAAAUGCGAAAUAUAGUACUGUGUUCUUAUAUUUACAUUAGAGAAGAUUGAGUAUUCAAAUGUGUAUGAGAGAACACAAUCCAAUGCACUGCUACUUGUGGGAUCAAAAGAGGAAAUAUCAGAAUGGCUAGGAAAAUAUCUGUGGAUAUUAUUUAUAAAAAGUGCCUAGUGUUUUUCUAGGUGAAGUUUUAAAGCCCCCUCUGCACUUUAUAAAUCCUAGAUUCAUGGCCUGUGGAAAUAUAUUUCUCUGAUCCCCAUAUACAAGUGUGUUUUGUUAGUAAUGCUUCAUGUUUCUAGGUUAUGUGACCAAAUGUAAGCAGAUAGUUUUUUUUUUUUUUUUGUUUUUUUUUCAUAGCUGAUAAAUU